AUGAGCUCCCUUCUACAUCCCAUACAUGGCACACGCGAUCGCUUUCGGCCAAAGCACCAGGUUCUCGUGCUGAAAUGUUACCCCAAAUACCAGAAGAAUGUGCAGGAGGUCAAGCCCAACUCCAGCGAGCUCAGCUACCUCCUCUACUAUGCCAGUUCGCGUCGCAAUAAGCUGACAAAGAUCGGUGCUUUUCUGGAGAAAAAGACCGCCAGCGACGUAUGGCGCGUCAAGCUUGGCAAUGUCCAGGUUACUCUCCAGAUUCUUUCCUCAAUCAUUGAAAAGUCCCCACGAGACCUAGCCCUCUAUGCCAAUUCCGUAUUGUCUGUCUUGAAUACCGUCCUUGACUCUAAGAACAUUGAUAUGAUUGAGGAGUCUGUUCCUACGUUCGAAACCUACUGCAAAUAUGCCGAUGCCGCGUCCCUCGCAGCUGACCAAGGACGAACCAAGCAGUAUAAGUCAAUUGUUCAACAGUAUGCUGCUUUUGGUCAACUUGAAGCCUCAACGACUCAGCCCGUGCCUAUUUCUACCCGAAGAAGGACGAUCGCGCUCAAAGCAACCCGUGCUGUGGUUGGUUCAGAUGCUCUUGCCGUGGACACUUCUGACCAGCUGAAUGCUGUGAUGCCGCUCAUUUUGGAGAAUUUAGAUCUUGAAAAGGGGAGUAGUCUGAUACCGUUGCAGCAGAGGGCAUCAAGUGGUGAGAAACAAAGCAUGGAACUCGCUCGAAAAAGAAGGAUGAGCAGCGCUACCGUUCCCAGCGUCGAUGAGGUCGCAUCGGAUCCGGCCACCGCUGCAGAGACAACUGCGGAUGCUGACAAGGCUGCUGAAGAGGAGGUUCGCGUGCUGGCUAUUCGUUGUCUGAAGCAAAUUUUUUCUCUAAGCACCGGGGCUAGUAGGGUACAGAUGCGUCUUGCUACGAGUCUUGUGUUGAAAUAUAUCGCAACCAGGGAGCGACCGAAGCCCUCGUCGAGGUCGGACACAACGUCUAGCCAUACACCCGAUUGGGCGACUAGUUUAUUCGAAACCAUUGCACGAUGGACACCUGUACAAGACCGGUUCAUCAUCGUCAUCACCGCAGUCGAGACACUGGUUAGAAGUCCAAUAGUCGAGGUCAUACUCGAGAAGCAGCUCAUUCUUGCCUCUUUAAUUGACUGGCUACUGCGUUCGGAUAUCAACUUGAUCGGUCUGAGUGUCAUGGACGUCCUACUCAGACUCAUUGAUCACACACUCCUCUUGCUACAACUUGGUUCUCGUGAAAUGAGCACCAAUCCGCAGCCCUCAGGUGCGGAUACUCUAGGCUUGUACAGAGAUAUCGCAGCUUCAUUCGAUCCAGGAGCUCUACCGACGAAGUCUAGCAGAGGCCGCAUGCCAGAUUCGAAAGAGAUGGCCCCCUCGCCUGUCCGAAGAGAAUUGCUGACCCUACUGCAGAAAUGCAUCAGUGACUUGGCCACACACAUAUACUACACCGAUCAGAUCUCGGACAUGUUGACUGCUAUUAUGGCUCGUCUGAAGCCUUCAGCCACAUCGGAUGUGCCAACCGCAGCAGCUGCUGUUAAUGACCCGGCUGCUGCAACCAAAGCUAUCGCUACAUCGGCACAUCUGCAGGAAGACCCUUCAACGGAUGGGUUCUUCUCUUUUGCCACUGCAAGGGUGGUCGCUCUGAAGGCUGUGAAAGACAUUCUACGAACAGCGAAUGUCCGUAGAAGCAAUACGGGUUCCACAGCAGAAGUUCGCAGUCGGGUCGGAGUCCAAGUGUGGGAUGGCACGCAGUGGUUGCUGAAAGAUGCAGAUUCCGAAGUCCGGGUGGCUUAUGUAGAUGCCAUAAUCACCUGGCUCCGGCUGGAAACAAACAGAACGGAUAUGCUUCUGCCCAAAGAUGGGUUACGAAAGCCACGGUCGGCCAAACGAGACACGAAUGGCGAAGUUGCCAUGGCCAAGCGUGCAGUCUCGAAUGCUUCUCGAAAAGGAGACAAGCAGUCCAAAUCGACUUUCCUACAGCUGCUGCAUUUAGCUAUCUACGACCAAGCUGUCAACGAAGCGGAUAAUGAGCCAGCAAUUCUUCUACUAUACUUGCUACUUUGGACCCUCAUCGAGCGCCUCGGCGUUAAUGCUGUCCGCAAUGGCCUGCCGAUGAUGCUUGGUUUGCAAAGCACUGUCCUGAACAGUGACGACCACUCUCCAACUGCCAAAGCACGAAUUGCUAGCUUGGUGCACGGUUAUCUAUGGGCCAUCGCGGAGAAGCUGGACUUUGAAAGCUCGUCUAUCGGCUCGGAAAUUAACGCCGAAAUCUCAAGAAGGAAACGCUUUGGUUGCUGGUCUGAUCGUGUUCGAUUUCCCCCACUAGGUUUGGCUCAGAUAGGCACUGGUUCACCACACGAGAAGGCGAAUGACAUCUCUGAGGUUGCUGUCAACACGAUACGACCCUUCUUGAAUGUCGAUAUGUUUGUCAGCGAAGUUGGCGAUGCAUACGAUAGGUCGCUGGUAUCUCCUGCCUCUUCGCCUCCGUCCUCACCAGGCAGGGUAUUCUCCGUACCGACUUUGGGUUUUGGUUAUGGGUACAAUGCCGGUCCCGUGCAUAAGCCAUCGCCUGAGAAUCAGAUACCUCAAAAGAUCAAGGAUGAGAUGUGCGGCUCCUGGUCCAGAGAAGCCUGUAUGGCAUUAGCAGACAAGGAGAGUAAUCCGUCUAUGACAGGUUCAAGAACAGCAGCCUCAUCCACUGGAAGACAACAUCUUUCAGUUGCCGGUAAAUCGAAUGGCAUCGGCUUCGGCGGACGCAAUAUACCACAAGACUCUGAAUCAAACCCGUCACCAACUCAGGCACAGGCACCACCUUUGACGAGUGGUUUGGGCAGCCUUUCUCGAGUUCGAAACUACAGUACUGCAAGCUCAUUACGCGAUCCAGAAACAUCGAGUCGAGAUUCUACGAUGCGCAUGUCCGAUCUGAAGAGGGCUUUGGCAGGCACAAAUGGUGGUAUACGUGGUCACAGUCCUCUACGCAGAUUAAAAAGUAGGUCAAGGCAGAGCGCAUAUAGUAGCGGCAGCGACAGCAUGGUCAGCUGGAAUCCAGCCGAUGACGAUUCCCUCGGUGAUGUGGGCACCGGACUCGACGAUAAGACUACUCCCAAUACGAGACUGAGUAUAGCUGUGAACCAAGUUCAGAACCCAAUACCUGCACAACACCAAGAGCCAGGACAACCUAUAUCGACAUACCAUGAUCUGGCAACAUUUGCCACAGAUCCUAAUACCAACAAUGGUAUUCCACCUGUACCGAAGAUACCUAGCGCACUCAACCUACCAAUGGCAGGCACAUGGCCGAGAGAUACUAGUCCUGCACGCCACAGCCAAAACAUAGUGCCCCCAGACUCAGCACCCACCAACGCAAUACCCUCGACCGGACUACCACAUCGGCCCGACACAAGCUCCACGAAUACGCUGCCAAAGCCAGAAAAAAGCAGAACCAGAACAAGUAGGCCCGCAAGUAGAGCUGGCGGAAAUAGUAUUUGGAGCCAUUCUACUACUGGUCGGAAGACUGAUCUCCACUCUCUGCUGGCUAGUAUUAAAGUCGAUGCAUCGGCAGAAGAUGAAGAGGAGGAAAGGGAGCUCGUCCAUAGCGUUACUGCUGGGAAAGUGAUAAAGCCUCCCUAUUGA